GAUUGCUUUCCCUUGUAAUCCUUCAGUUUCAUCACAUCGGUUUUUAUUGAUUUAAAGUGAAUCAUAUUCUAGCAAGGAUUGGGUUCGGAGUGUGGAACUUUUGAUCAUGAAACCAUUCACUGAUAAUGCAGAUCAUCCCAACAUCGAGGGGAAAUUUGCUGCAAUUGUUGUUUGUUGGAUUCUUGGCAACGGAUGUCUCUUCGCAUGGAAUAGUAUGCUCACAAUAGAAGAUUACUAUGUUCACCUCUUCCCGAAAUAUCAUCCCUCGAGAGUCUUGACGCUCGUGUAUCAACCAUGUGCACUUACAACAAUUGUCAUUCUUGCAUCCAGAGAAGCCAAGAUCAACACUAGGAACAGAAACUUGGUUGGCUAUGCACUUUUCUUCCUAAGCUCUCUUGCAGUUCUAGUCUUGGAUUUGGCCACAUCAGGAAAAGGAGGCCUGAUAGCUUUCGUAGGAAUAUGUAUCGUAAGUGGGUUAUUUGGAGUUGCAGAUGCUCAUGUCCAAGGUGGAAUGAUUGGAGAUCUCUCCUUCAUGCAUCCUCAGUUCAUUCAGUCAUUCCUUGCAGGCCUAGCAGCAUCUGGUGCACUAACCUCGGCACUAAGGCUGAUCACUAAAGCAGCGUUCGAGAAUACUAAGAACGGUCUUCGCAAGGGAGCCCUUCUGUUCUUCGCCAUCUCGUCGUUUUUCGAGCUUAUAUGCGUCGUCCUUUACGCGUUUGUCUUCCCUAAACUUCCUGUGGUGAAGUACUAUCGUGCAAAGGCAGCCACUGAAGGGUCCAAGACGGUUUGUGCUGACCUUGCUGCUGGUGGACUCCAAACAUUACCCGACCAAGAAGCAGUCGAACGAGCAAAGUACGAGACCCGAUUCAGCAACAAGGAGCUAUUGAAGCAGAAUGCUGACUAUGCGGUGGAUAUCUUUCUGAUCUAUGCAUUGACACUGUCGAUUUUUCCCGGAUUCUUGUCAGAAGACACUGGAUCACAUAGUUUGGGAACAUGGUAUGCGCUUGUUCUGAUUGCAAUGUACAAUGUCUGGGAUCUCGUUGGGAGGUACAUUCCUCUCCUGAAGUUCAUGAAAUUAGAGUCUCGAAAAGGUCUGGCUGCGGCAGUCGUGUCGCGAUUCGUGCUAGUUCCGGCGUUCUACUUCACUACCAAGUAUGGCGACCAAGGCUGGAUGAUAUUCCUAACGUCUGUGCUGGGUUUGACAAAUGGCUACCUUACUGUCUGUGUGCUUACAGCCGCACCAAAAGGCUACAAGGGACCGGAGCAAAAUGCAUUGGGGAAUUUGCUGGUGGUGUUUCUACUAGCAGGUAUAGUCGCAGGGGUUACCCUAGACUGGCUGUGGCUCAUAGGGAAAGGAUGGUGAUAAGUGAGGGGAAAUACAAGUUUAGGUGGAUAGAUAUUAUAAUGGAGUUGAUCAAGUGAUGGUUGUAUUGUGUUUGUAAGGCCACAAAUGGUAAGUGAUUCCAGGGGUUGCCUAAAAUUUUGUUCACAGUUCUGUAUAGAAUCUGCUCAUACAUGAACAAUAUACAUCAUACAUGAGAAUUCACGAUGGUGGGUAGGGUGAUAGCAAGAACUUCAGAGGAGAAAGCUCUCCCAAAUGUUUCUAUAUGUAUCAUUGCAGCAGUCCCUUAACGGGGUUUUAUGGUAAUAUAUGGA